UUUACUUUCCCACAAGCGAACCCUCGAUCUCAAGGCGAAUCCGGAUUCGUUGCUUCCAUGGCGAGAAUUUCGAACUCCGAUGAGGCUUUCUCGUCCGAGGAGGAAGAAGAGCAGGUUAAGGAAAACGAACAAGCAGAAGACGAGGAGGAGCUCGAGGCUGUUGCUCGUUCUUCUGGCUCCGACGAUGACGAAGUAGCCGCCGCUGACGAAUCCCCUGUCUCCGACGGAGAAGCCGCCCCUGUAGAAGAUGAUUACGAGGACGAAGAAGAUGAAGAAAAAGCUGAAAUCAGCAAACGUGAGAAAGCCAGACUUAAAGAGAUGCAGAAGUUGAAGAAGCAGAAGAUUCAGGAGAUGCUGGACUCACAAAAUGCUUCCAUUGAUGCGGAUAUGAACAAUAAGGGAAAAGGGAGACUGAAGUAUCUUCUGCAGCAAACUGAGUUAUUUGCACACUUUGCUAAAGGUGAUGCAUCAUCUUCUCAGAAAAAGGUGAAAGGAAGGGGUCGUCAUGCGUCCAAAAUAACUGAAGAGGAGGAGGAUGAAGAGUAUCUUAAGGAAGAAGAGGAUGGCUUAACUGGAUCUGGAAACACACGGUUACUCACACAGCCCUCUUGUAUUCAAGGGAAGUUAAGAGAUUACCAAUUAGCUGGUUUAAACUGGCUCAUUCGGCUGUAUGAGAAUGGCAUAAACGGAAUUCUUGCAGAUGAAAUGGGUCUGGGGAAGACGCUUCAAACGAUUUCUUUGUUGGCAUACCUUCAUGAAUACAGGGGAAUCAAUGGCCCUCAUAUGGUGGUUGCUCCAAAAUCAACCCUUGGUAAUUGGAUGAACGAAAUUCGCCGGUUUUGUCCUGUCUUACGCGCUGUGAAAUUCCUUGGUAAUCCUGAGGAGAGGAGACAUAUUCGAGACGACCUGCUAGUUGCUGGGAAAUUUGAUAUUUGUGUCACAAGUUUUGAGAUGGCCAUCAAAGAGAAAACAGCACUUCGUCGUUUUAGCUGGCGUUAUAUUAUCAUCGAUGAAGCACAUCGAAUCAAGAAUGAGAACUCUCUUCUUUCUAAAACCAUGAGACUUUUUAGCACCAAUUAUCGACUUCUUAUCACGGGAACCCCGCUUCAGAAUAAUCUCCAUGAACUGUGGGCACUUCUCAAUUUUCUUCUGCCUGAGAUUUUCAGUUCAGCAGAGACUUUUGAUGAAUGGUUUCAAAUUUCUGGUGAGAAUGAUCAGCAAGAAGUUGUUCAACAACUUCACAAGGUUCUUCGACCAUUUCUUCUUCGAAGACUAAAAUCAGAUGUUGAGAAAGGCUUGCCACCAAAGAAGGAGACGAUACUUAAAGUUGGCAUGUCCCAGAUGCAAAAACAAUACUACAAGGCUUUAUUGCAGAAGGAUCUUGAAGCAGUUAAUGCUGGUGGAGAACGAAAACGGUUGCUAAACAUUGCAAUGCAACUUCGUAAAUGCUGCAAUCACCCUUAUCUCUUCCAGGGUGCAGAGCCUGGUCCCCCUUAUACUACAGGAGAUCACCUUAUAACAAAUGCUGGUAAGAUGGUUCUCUUGGAUAAAUUGCUUCCUAAGUUAAAGGAACGUGAUUCGAGGGUUCUGAUAUUUUCUCAGAUGACAAGACUUUUGGAUAUCCUUGAGGAUUAUUUAAUGUAUCGCGGUUAUCUCUAUUGCCGUAUUGAUGGGAAUACUGGUGGUGAUGAACGAGAUGCCUCCAUAGAAGCCUACAACAAGCCAGGAAGUGAGAAAUUUGUUUUCCUGUUAUCGACUAGAGCCGGAGGGCUUGGUAUUAAUCUUGCUACUGCAGAUGUUGUGAUCCUUUAUGAUAGUGACUGGAACCCACAAGUUGACUUGCAAGCUCAGGAUCGUGCUCAUAGGAUUGGUCAAAAGAAAGAAGUUCAAGUGUUUCGUUUCUGCACUGAGUCUGCUAUUGAGGAGAAAGUGAUUGAGAGAGCUUACAAGAAGUUGGCACUUGAUGCCCUGGUAAUUCAACAAGGGCGAUUGGCAGAGCAGAAAACUGUCAACAAGGAUGAGUUGCUUCAAAUGGUAAGAUAUGGGGCUGAGAUGGUGUUCAGUUCCAAAGAUAGCACAAUCACAGAUGAGGAUAUUGAUAGAAUCAUUGCCAAAGGAGAGGAGGCAACAGCUGAACUUGAUGCCAAGAUGAAGAAAUUCACAGAAGAUGCAAUACAGUUUAAAAUGGAUGACAGUGCUGACUUCUAUGAUUUUGAUGAUGACAAUAAGGAUGAGAACAAACUUGAUUUUAAGAAAAUUGUGAGCGAUAAUUGGAAUGAUCCACCAAAGCGGGAGAGAAAGCGAAACUACUCUGAAUCUGAAUACUUUAAGCAAACAUUGCGGCAAGGUGCUCCAGCUAAACCUAAAGAGCCUAGAAUUCCGCGCAUGCCCCAGUUGCACGAUUUCCAGUUCUUUAACAUCCAGAGAUUGACCGAGUUGUAUGAAAAGGAAGUACGUUAUCUCAUGCAAACACAUCAGAAAAAUCAGUUGAAAGACACAAUUGAUGUUGAAGAACCAGAAGGUGGAGAUCCCUUAACAGCUGAGGAAGUAGAAGAGAAGGAGCGAUUAUUGGAGGAGGGUUUCUCAACAUGGAGUAGAAGAGACUUCAAUACUUUCCUUAGGGCUUGUGAGAAGUAUGGUCGCAACGACAUAAUAAACAUUGCAUCUGAGAUGGAAGGAAAAACAGAGGAAGAAGUUGAAAGAUAUGCCAAAGUAUUCAAAGAGCGAUACAAGGAGUUGAACGACUAUGAUAGAAUCAUUAAGAACAUUGAGAGGGGAGAGGCAAGAAUCUCUAGGAAAGAUGAAAUCAUGAAAGCCAUAGGGAAGAAACUGGAUCGCUACAGAAACCCUUGGCUGGAGCUGAAGAUUCAAUAUGGUCAGAACAAAGGCAAGCUGUACAAUGAAGAGUGCGACCGUUUCAUGAUGUGCAUGAUCCACAAACUUGGUUAUGGGAAUUGGGAUGAGCUAAAGGCAGCAUUCAGGACAUCGUCUUUAUUCAGGUUUGACUGGUUUGUGAAAUCCCGGACGAGUCAGGAACUUGCAAGAAGAUGCGACACUCUGAUUCGACUGAUAGAGAAAGAAAACCAAGAGUUUGAUGAAAGAGAGAGGCAAGCUCGUAAAGAAAAGAAGCUCGCAAAGAGUGCAACACCAUCAAAGCGACCCUCAGGAAGACAAGCAAGUGAAAGUCCUUCACCGGCGAAGAAGCGAAAGCACCUGUCGAUGAGAUGAGAUCAUGUGUUUACAGAUUUGUUAAGUCUCUGUUGUUACUUAUAUAAUUAAGCUAAUUAAAAAAAAAAAACAUAGCCAAUGGAUUUCAUUCUGCUUUGGUGAAUGUUUGUCCUUGUUUGACUUGGAUUUAAUGAAAUGACGAUUAUAAUUUUGUUUUGUCGAAA